AUGGCUAAUACAUGUGAAUCAAAUGGAUCAUCCUCAACUAUAAGUGCGAUUUGGGAGUUUCUGUUAGGAUAUUAUGAUCCAGACUGCAAAGGGAAAGAACAAGCUAAGAAAUCGCAUAAGGUUAUAGUAGAAGUUAGUUUCAUGAAUUGGGUUGUGGUGAGGAUAAGUUUGUGGGUCUAA